AUGAGUCGGGAAUUAUUCAAAAUUUUAUGUAAUGAGCUCACAAACAUUGGCAAACGUGAUACUAUAUACAGGCAAUGUAUUCCAUUAGAAAAAAGAAUAGCUAUCGCUUUGUUUGCCCUUGGUUUUUCUGCUGAGUACAGAACAGUUGGAACACUAUUCUCUAUCCUUAAAGACUUUUGCAGAGCGGUGAAAAAUUACCGAGUACGUUUGAGAAGAAAAAUUGGGUUCCCCCAAUGUCUGGGGAAAUAUGGAUGUCAUAUUGAGAUUAUUCCCUCCACAUCUGAUGCUGUUGACUAUUUCAACUACAAAGGCUGGUACUCAAUGGCUUUACUAGCCCUCGUAGACUACUGGUAA